AGAUUGGGAGCCCUCCCUGCUGAGAAGCAGGUGCUACGGGUUCUUGGCAAGCAAAAGUGUCGCAGUCUUUAGAGUUGCAGGCGCGAGAUCUCCGAAUGUGACUGAUUUGUCUUCCGGUGGUGGUGGAAACAUGAACGAACAACUGCAGCUAGGUUCGGUCUUACUUUUGAGCCACCUCGAAGUCUUGUUCAAUUUUUUCCAGACAGAACCUGGGAGGAACUCUGAGAAAUCAGCGUUUCGGCAGGUUUCGGUUCGCCUUUUUCUUGUGCAUGUCCAACCACUUCUAAAUCUUCUGUAGUUGCGAGGGCAGUUGGAGGACCUGUUGAUGCCUGCGAUUAUAACUUUUUUCGCAUGAAUGGUGUUCAUAUCAUGUCUGGAGCCAUUUAGACCUUUCACCCACAGCUUCAAGGUGAGGAUGACUCUGUCCCUCAAAUUGCCUUUUCAAUUUGACUCAGAAACCAAGGUGCCCAGGGGCUUCGUAAGAGCUGCACUGUGCGGAAGCCAUCGCCCGUGCCUGGCCCAAGGGACGCUUGAGAGAACUCCAAGUUGGCCAGGAGCCUUCAUUUCGGUGCCAAAUCCGGGUGGCUACCAUGGUGAGACCUUGCUGGGCGGCUGUAGCGCAGCUGUGGGGAGUGGGCGCUUGGCUCUACAUCUUCGUGGACUGCAUCCUCAUGGAACUGGGCCGCUCGUUGGAGCCCUUCCGCCGGCAGGAUUUGACCACAGGCCAAUGGCUGGGCUUUGCGGCGAUUGGCCUGGGGCUGCUGCUGGUGGAAGGCAUCCGCGCCUUUCAGAUGAGUUUCUCACCGCUCUUGAUCCGGCGCGCCAAGGAGCUGCAAGGCGACUCCCCCGUGUGGGAGCUGCUGCUGGCGCCUUUCUUUGUGGCUGGCUUGGUCUCGGCCACCCCAAGAAGACUCUGCAAGAGUUGGCUGUUGGUGGCGGUGUUGAUCCCUGGCUUAGCGCUCACGGUGCCUAUGAUGCCCUACCCGUGGCGACAGGCCACUGACUUCGGAGUGGUGCUGGGCCUUGGCUGGGGCACCGGCUCCGUGCUGUACUUCGCUGGGCGGGGCCUGGCCGGUCAAUGGCCAGAGGCGCAGACGGAGAUUCCAACCGUUCCAGCGCUGACCCGAACACCACCCGUUCGUAGCAGCAAAGACCUCCACCCGUUCGUAGCGAUGGCCUCCACCCUCAUCGACGAGGGUGAAGUAAAGGUUUGCUUCCAUCGAGGAACGAAGCGAAAGCAAAAGGCAGCUGUGUGA